UUUUUUCAAUAAAGCUGGUCUUGGUAGCUACGGAUAACAUCAAAAUUAUUUGCUUAAGACGGGUCCCUCUUUCUUAUCGGUGUCAAUUGUCGUCAUCGAUCACAAAGUCCCCAGACCCCCAGUCCCAGUUCGAGAUUUAGUGAAGCCCAUUUUUCAAGGUCCCGGAUUCGACCAACAACUUUUCCACUCGACCUUUGAGCUUCUACCUACAGUAUCCAAUCCGUGUUGAUUUCCCAACACCUUCCAAAAUGUCUUGGGAACUCACCCGGCGUCGUAUCGUUCGCGCUGUCAAUAGUAAAUUCAUAUUUGAUCGCUUUGUACGUCAACCGAUCUCCGGGACUCCGGAAAUUCCUCCGCCCUAGCCCUAUGAACACAUCCACUCUUGGCCCUCACAUGCAUCGUCGUCGUCAUCGUGGAUAUCUAUUUUCAAAUUUCCACAAUACCUUUUUCCUCUUUGAAAUUUUAUAAUAAUACUAAUAAUAUAAUUCUUCUAUCUAGCCACUCCUUCAUGCUGUUAUCUUUUUCAUCGAAAUGGCUAUUAUCGCGCGCUUGGUAUCGCGCUUUAAUGCGUACUAUGAUGAGCGCCCACUCCUUACCAUGAUGGUAACGAAUGCGGUUCUCGGAGGUAUCGCCGACACUGUAGCCCAAAGCAUUACAUCCGUUCGAGAGCGAGCAUUGCGAAAGCCGGGCGGUAUUGCGAAGGAUGAUAACGUAGCCAUCGAAAUCCAUGAGCUAGACCGAAAGAACCCUUGGAACGAGCAUGACCUAAUUCCCGACUCGAUACACCUCCCGCCUCCCUUUGACUUUGAAAGGCUGACGAGAUUUAUGGCGUAUGGUUUUGCGAUGGCGCCCUUACAAUACAAGUGGUUCAGCUUCCUCUCACGAGCUUUCCCCAUGACCAAGACAAGCGCUUUCGUCCCGGCAAUGAAGCGUGUGGCCUUCGAUCAGUUGAUCUUUGCGCCGUUUGGUAUCGGGUGCUUCUUCACAGUCAUGACCGUUGCAGAAGGGGGUGGCCGCAGGGCUGUUGCUCACAAGCUUAGGGACAUGUAUAUCCCUACACUAAAGGCCAACUUCAUGGUGUGGCCCGCUGUUCAGAUCAUCAACUUCCGUUUGAUGCCCGUCCAGUUUCAACUUCCAUUUGUCUCUACUAUUGGUAUUGCUUGGACGGCGUACCUCUCCCUUACAAAUGCGUCAGAUGAGGUCGAGCAGCCGAAAACCGCCCCCUACUCUCCUAACAUCCGUCUCCAGUAAACCCACCUGCUUCCUAUUAUUAUUAAAGUUGCGAGACUGUUUCUUUGCCGUAUUGGGACUUUGCUUGAGAAUAUUAUGGGCGGGCGUUGCGGCGUCAAAGAACACGGUCUCGAUAGUCGACCCGGAAAAUCGGCUCCAUGGAGGACGAUGGAUAUUCGUUCGAUGUUCAGGGUCAAGGUCAAGGUUUGGAUUCAACAGCUUGGUAUAACCAACGGUGUACCUAGAAGCAAAAAUCAGAAUUAUCAUAUCAUUAGCACUCAUGUCGUUUCUAACUCUAAACUCUAUAUCGUCGUAUUGGGAGCGUCUUGAUCCUUGUGCAGAAGCGCAUACAUGGAUAUCUUUAGGGGCGACUUGAAGUAUGUACUUUAAUACGAACUACUCCUUACUGGAUGAGAAAUCGUGUAUUAGUAUGUAUGAAACAGCGAUCAUGAUAUGUUUCGUAAUAGGAUUCAUGCAGCACAUAUUAUACGGUGGAACACGGCGACUUAGAAUGGGCCGAGGAUCGUCGAACCACUUAUAGAGAUUAUGUUUUGC